AUGUCAGUUACUUCCGAAGAGCUCUUUUUGAUCAAUAUCAAGCGGUUGGCCACCAAGAAUUAUUCUGAAGGAGCCUAUUCAGUAUGGAAUCGGGUGCCAGUGGCAAGAAGAUCACUGGUAUUCAUCUUACUUUUUUUGGGAAAUAUGGGGGAAUUAAGAGUUAUACUCACUAAAAGGCUGUCAAGGUUGAGAAAUUUCCCAGGUCAUAUAUCUUUCCCAGGUGGAAAGGCCGAUAAUGGACUUGAAACUGAGUGGCAAGUUGCUAGAAGAGAAACUGAAGAAGAGAUCGGAUUGAGUGCCGAUAAUAGUAUAUUGAAAAAAGAAUAUGGAUUCACUAUAGACCAUUUAAAUACUCUUCCUUGUUAUCUUUCACGUACCUUUUCUGCAGUUAAGCCUUGUAUAGGAUUCAUGAACUUUCAUGGAAAAGCUAUGAAUUCAAAUCACAUAGAAGAAGAUCUCACCAAAAGGAUUAAAAUGAAUCUUAACCCGGGUGAAAGUUCAGGGGUAUUUUCAUGUCCGCUUCGAGACUUUUUGUAUCCAGCAUCCAAUGAACCAGCUAAAGAAUGUUUGGAUAGACUGUCGUUCCGAGUUUCGUGGGGUAAAAUCCCUUGGAAUUUACGAUCGUAUACUUUUUCACAAAAUAAUCCAAAUGAAGUAGAUUGGUUACAAGAUAUUAAGGAUCUUUCAGAACUGGAAGAAAGUGAAGUUGAAUCUGAAGAUUGGAAAAAGGAUCAGAAAAAGGAAAUCAAUGAGAAUAAAAAGAAUAAACUUUCUGAAUGGGGUAGAUUAGGAUCUCGUAGAGACUCAUUAACUAAUGAAAAGAUUUAUGAUGUAUGGGGGCUUACAGCAAACAUAUUGCAUGAUCUCGCAGAGGUGACUUAUAACUCAGUGGAACCUAUAAAUAGAGAAUUAGGAGAAGAAGAAUUGAUUUAUCUGCUUUGGAAUCUGGGUCACCAGAUGCAGUCACGUGAGCGGUCCACGGAAGAACUGCAACUUAUAUCAGCAACGUCAGAUGAUGGGAUUGGAUUUAAUGAUGUUCUCCCAAGAACUGAGUUCAAUAGGUUGAAGAAAUUAUAUAAAUGA